UCGGGUUUCGUUACUUUGUAGCCUAACAUCCUGUUAGUUGUAGCCACUAGUGGGCCCGGUGCGGUGCAGCCAUACUGUCCGGCUCAGCCUCGCUCUUUGUGGGAAGUGAGCGGGCAUUGAGAGAGGAUGCUGAGGCCUGCCAGUCCCACAACACAUCCAUCAUUAACCCGAGCCUGGUCCGGGCUAUGGCUGCACCUAUCGCACAUUUCGAUGACGACUGGCCGAUUUUGGGUGAUUUGGUUUCAGACCUGAGGCUGCUCCCACAGAAAGGCCGCGUAGCCGCCGCGGGGGAAGCAGCAGCACCGCAGCUCCUCCCGGAUAAUGAUGAUAUCACCGAGCUGCACGACAGCAGCUUCUCCCCGGGGGGAACCGGUGCUUUCAGGUCCAUGGAGGACCUGGUGAACGGUUUUGACGAGAAGUUAUCCGCGUGCUUCCGAAAUUUUAACGCCAGGACGGACAGCAUCGCUCCUGUGAAUGCGAUCACCGAGGACUCGCUCCUGGAGAAAGACGAAAUCUGGAACGCUUUGACCAGUAACUAUGGGCGCGUGAUGCCGGUGGAUUGGAGACAGUCUCGAACAUGCUCCCUCCACAUCCCCACAUUCAACCUGGAGGAGAAACCCAGGAAGACUGAUGUCACGGUGGAGCUGUCGGAUGAUGAGGAGCUGAGGGAGCAGCUGGACAUGCACUCCAUCAUCGUCUCCUGCCUCGCUGAGGAGCCGCUUUUCACAGCAGAGCAGGUUAUCGAGGAGAUAGAGGAGAUGAUGCAGGACUCUCCUGACAGGGAGGCAGAGCACGAUCCCUCUCAGUCGGACCUCUCCAUGCUCUCCCUGGACGUCCAGAGGUCCACCCGCAGCCCCAGCUACGAGAAGAGGGUGAGGACCCUGAGUGUCGCAGAGCUGAAUGAACGUCUGGAGGAGACGGAGACGAACAUCAGGAGGUUCUCAGAGGAGCUGGUGCAGCAGCUGGCUCUCAGGGAUGAGCUGGACUUUGAGAAAGAGGUGAAGAACAGCUUCAUCUCGGCGCUCAUCGACGUACAAAACCGUCAGAAGGAGCACCGGGAGCUGCUGAAGAAGAAGAAGAAGCUUAAAGGCGCAGCUGGGACGUCGCAGGUCCACACGGAGAAGACAGUUGGAUCGCGCUUCAGCAUGGAGGGACUCUCCUCUGUCAUUCAGAACAGCUUCCGGCAAACUUUUGGGAGCGGGUGCAGUGAAAGACAGUAUUUGACCACAGUCAUCCCUUAUGAGAAAAAAGGAUACCCUCCUUCGCUUGAGGACCUCCAGAUCCUGACUAAGAUUCUACAAGCUAUGAGAGACGACAGUGACAAGGUGCCCAGUCUCUUAACAGACUAUAUUCUCAAAGCGCUGGUGUGAGCGAUGGAUGGAGAGUGCUUUGCCCAACGUAGACCAGAGGGACGGUGCCAAGCACUCUGCAGAGGCUUCAGAUAGUUUACCAUGGCAACGAGAUGAAGAGGACACGCUGUGUAUUUUUGCAGACAUGAAGCACACUUAAAUUAUUCCUGCAUGUUUUUACCUCAAGAUGUUUCUUUUUUGUGUUUUUUUCUUCAUUUAGUUGUAUUUAUUUUGUGUUGAGCAUUGUGCUUUCGCACACCUUCUGUGUUCCUGAGAAUUUUGAAUUAUUUUCAGUGUUUAAGUUUCUUGCACUGUGAAAGAGUAUCCUAAAAAUGAUAAAUGAUAUAAGAAAUAUACCCAGAUACAUAUACCAGCGUAUGAGCUGGACUGCACUGGAAACUGAGCUUUGCUUGUACGAGCAGAGCUACAAUGCAAACGGCUUUGUAUUUAUGUCAAGUGCUUUACUGUACACAUUCAGCAAUGAACAUAUGCACAGUAGUACGUUGGACACAGAAGUUGCAGUAAAAGAGAAUUAUAGAAAGAGUUUUUGAAGCAUCAAAACUGUAUAGUAAGUAUAAACAGUAAAAUGGACGGUGUAGUCCGUCAUUCGUCCAGGAAUGUUCCAUCGUAGAAAAGGUUUCAGUCGUAGUCAUCUGGACACUGUUUUCAGAAUCAAGACGUUUCGGAUGGGAGCCGAUAUAAACAGUAAACGAUAUACGAUAUAAACAGUAAAGUAAGAAUUUUAAGAUAUUUUAUUAAAUCGAUAAGUAUUACAGCAGCACAAGAGACAGAUCGGAGGUACUGUAUGUAAUAACAUAAAUUAGUUACCUUAAAACAGUGUGCAUAAACAUAAUGUAAGUGCAAAACCAUCAUAUAACUCAACACAGCCUUCCAUGUAGCAGCAGACAAAGUGCUUUCCUCUCAGCAAAACACCACAUACAUCAUUAUUAUUCUAUGGAAGAUAAAGUGUUGAUGGUCAAAGUGAUGAAGUCUGGACUGAAAUUAACUAAAUAACUAACUAUGCAUUUGAGUGAAUAGUGACCCAUGUCUGUACCUUUGUGGCACUGACUGGAACUCUGAAUCAGAGACUCGAUGUGCCUGCUGUGCACAGGGCAGCGUGCACCAUGAAUGGGCAUUGUUAUUCUGUAUGUUUUCUUGUAUAUGAACAAGCUGCCUUUGCCUGAACUUUUUGUACAUUAUAAAUGACUUAUUUUCAAUGAAUGUCAAAUUGCUGGACUACUUACAGAACCUGCUUCAAUGUUAAUUUAUCUUGUAAAUGUUUUAUUUCAAAUAUAUUGAUAAAAUCACA